GUUUAAGCCGCGGCGUGAGGUGAAUAGAGGCAGUCGGCUAGCGGCGCUGGGAGAGCGCGGAGGGGCGGGCCCGGUGGUACUGCAGUGAGGGAGGCGAGAAGGAGGGAGAGCGGCUCCAACUGUUGAAUUUUCGCCGAAUCCUCGGCUUCCCUGCGGUCGGCUGGUGCAAUGGAUCUGGUUUGCCGGGGAUCGGCGUUGGCUCCGUGUGCUGCCUGGCUAAGACUGGCGACCGGCUGUUCGGAGGGAGCCACCCACCAAUGAGGCAAAGAAGAGUAUCUCCUUUUCCUUCUGUUUCUUUUGAAAGCCUCUCUACCACAAGUUGCAGAAUUAACUGUGUACUUUGGGUCCGGACUCAAAUAAAGGAGAAAAAUACCCCAAACAGUGCAGAACUGAGGCUCGGAACUAGAUCUGUGAGCUAUGUAUUGGGAACCUAUGUGGGUUUUUUUGUUGUUUUUCCUUUUUUUUUUCUUUUAAUAUGAAAGAUUUCUGAUGUAUUUCACACAUAACACUGAGGAAAGGUGGUUAAAAACACUCAGCAAAGCAGGAGACAGACGCGCCUCUCUGCCAGUGAGUGGAUAACAGCCUUGUUUUCCUGAUCCUCAAUCUCCCGGAGAAAGAGGAUCGGGAAACGCUUCAUCUGCCAGGAGGAGAAGAUCUUUUGCAAAUUUUCUGAUUUUUUGCAAUCCUCCCACUGCCGAAGUCGGACAGCCGAAGUGACUACGAGGGGACUCCAGAGCACGGCAAGCGCUAGUUGAAACGCUGCCGAAGCUGCUGCCCCCGCUCCCCCUCCCCUCCCGCCUUCCUCCCCUCCCGAUUGCUCCCUCCCUCUGAGCUACAUGGUCUAUUUGCUGCCUCGCAUCCUGUGUCUCUGCAGAUGCUUAGAGCAACAGGUUCAGGAACUUAAAAUAUAGGGGUGGGGAGAGAAAAGGAGGAAAAAAAAAAAAAAAAAGGAGACGACGGAGGAGGAGGAGGAAGAACAAACCCAUAGCAGGAGGCAGAGAAGACGGGGACAACCCUGGUCGCCGCUGCAGCUGCUGCAACCGCCACCCCUUCUCGGGGAUGUACCUUUCCAUUUGUUGCUUCUUCCUCUGCUGGGCUCCCGCCCUGUCGCUGAAGAACCUGAACUACUCGGUGCCGGAGGAGCAGGGAGCAGGCACGGUCAUCGGGAACAUCGGCCGCGAUGCGCGACUGGCGGCGGGAGCGGCGGGGGGCGGGAUGCUGCCCGCGGAACGCAGCGCUCCCGGAGGCGGCCCCGGAGGCCGCGGCCCUAAAUCCACCUUCCGGGUGUUGGAAAACUCAGCCCCGCACCUCCUGGACGUGGACGGGGAGAGCGGGCUGCUCUACACGAAGCAGCGCAUCGACCGCGAGGCGCUGUGCCGGCGCAGCACCAAGUGCCAGCUCUCCCUCGAGGUGUUCGCCAACGACCAGGAGAUCUGCAUGAUCAAGGUGGAGAUCCAGGACCUGAACGACAAUGCACCAGCGUUCCCCUCUGACCAAGUGGAUAUGGACAUCUCAGAAAAUGCUGCACCAGGCACCCGCUUCCCCCUCACCAGUGCCCACGACCCGGACGCUGGAGACAAUGGGCUGCGCACCUACCUGCUCACCCGUGAUGACUACGGCCUCUUCUCCCUUGAUGUGAAGUCCCGAGGUGAUGGCACAAAGUUUCCAGAGCUGGUCAUCCAGAAGCCAUUAGAUCGUGAGGAGCAAAGCCACCACACCCUGGUGCUGACGGCAUUGGACGGUGGUGACCCACCACGCUCGGGCACAGUGCAGAUCAACGUUCGCCUCAUUGACUCCAAUGACAACAGCCCCAUCUUUGAGGCAGCUUCCUAUGUGGUAGAGCUGCCUGAGAAUGCACCACUGGGCACUGCUGUCAUUGACCUUAAUGCCACUGAUGCCGAUGAGGGUACCAACGGAGAGGUGCUCUACUCUUUCAGUGGCUAUGCACCUGAGCGUGUCCGCGACCUGUUUAGCAUCGACCCACAGAGCGGCCUCAUCCGUGUCAAGGGUAACCUGGACUAUGAGGAGAGUGGCCUCAUUGAGAUCGACGUCCAGGCUCGGGACUUAGGGCCCAAUCCCAUCCCUGCUCACUGCAAGGUCACUGUCCGCCUCAUUGACCGCAAUGACAAUGCACCCACCAUUGGCUUUGUCUCUGUUCGCCAGGGAGCACUGAGUGAGGCUGCCCCACCAGGCACUGUCAUUGCCCUGGUGCGGGUCACUGACCGAGACUCGGGCAAGAAUGGACAGCUCCAGUGCCGAGUACUGGGUGGUGGCGGUGGGCCAGGAGCUGUUCCUUUUACCCUGGAGGAAAACUAUGACAACUUCUAUACUGUUGUCACUGACCGGCCCCUGGACCGUGAGGCACAGGAUGAGUACAAUGUGACCAUUGUGGCACGUGAUGGGGGCAACCCCCCUCUCAACUCCACCAAGUCGUUUUCUGUCCGGAUCCUUGAUGAGAACGACAACCCACCCCGCUUCAGUAAGAACCUCUAUGUGUUACAGGUCCCUGAGAACAACAUUCCUGGAGAGUACCUGGGCUCUGUCUUGGCUCAGGACCCUGACCUGGGCCAAAAUGGGACAGUUUCUUACUCCAUUUUGCCCGGGCAUGUGGGAGAUGUCUCUAUCUACACCUAUGUCUCUGUCAACCCUACCAAUGGUGCUAUCUAUGCCCUGAGAAGCUUCAACUAUGAGCAGACAAAGCACUUUGAGUUUCGUGUGCUGGCCAAAGACUCGGGUUCACCCCACCGUGAAAGCAAUGCCACAGUGCGUGUCACUGUGCUUGAUGUCAAUGACAAUGCACCCCUCAUCGUCUUGCCUGCCCUCAUCAAUGACACCGCUGAACUGCAGGUGCCUCGCAAUGCUGGGGUGGGCUACCCCGUGGGCACCGUCCGUGCCCUGGACAGUGACUUUGGGGAGAGUGGGCGCCUCACAUACGAAAUUGUGGAAGGCAAUGAGGAACACCUCUUUGAGAUGGACCCUACUAGCGGUGAGAUACGCACCUUGCAUCCCUACUGGGAAGAACUCAGCCCUGUUGCUGAACUGGUGGUAAAAGUCAGUGACCAUGGCAAGCCCAGCCUCUCUGCAGUGGCUAAGCUCAUUGUCAGGGCCUUGGCAGGGCCCCUGCCAGAGGCUGGCGAGCCACAGGUGAACGGUGAGCAGCAUCGGCGACCACACUGGGACUUGUCGCUGCCCCUGAUCGUGACGCUGAGCACUGUGUCCAUCAUCUUGCUGGCUGCCAUGAUUGCUAUUGCUGUGAAGUGCAAGCGAGAGAACAAGGAGAUCCGCACCUAUAAUUGUCGCAUUGCUGAGUAUAGCCACCCUCAGCUGGGAGGAGGGGGAGGCAGUGGCGGGGGAGGAGGAGGCAGUGGCAGUGGAGGGGGCAAGGGCAAGAAGAAGAAGAUCAGCAAGAAUGACAUUAUGCUGGUGCCCAGUGAGGGCGAGGACAGCCGGGGCCCCCUCAAUGUCAUGAACGUGGUGAGCAGCCCAUCCCUGGCCACCUCACCCAUGUACUUUGACUACCAGACCCGCCUGCCCCUCAGCUCUCCCAGGUCUGAGGUGAUGUACCUGAAGCCCGCCUCCAACAACCUGACUGUACCCCAGGGACAUGUGGGCUGCCACACCAGCUUCACAGGGCAAGGGACUAACGCAAGCGAGGCUCCCCAGAGCCGGAUGUCCAUAAUUCAGACAGACAAUUUUCCCGCAGAGCCCAAUUACAUGGGCAGCAGGCAGCAGUUUGUUCAAAGUAGCUCCACGUUCAAGGAUCCAGAAAGAGCCAGCUUGAGGGACAGCGGGCAUGGGGACAGUGAUCAGGCUGACAGUGACCAAGACACUAACAAAGGCUCCUGCUGUGACAUGUCUGUUAGGGAGGCACUCAAGAUGAAAACUACUUCAACUAAAAGCCAGCCACUUGAACAAGAACAGCAAGGCAGAGGCCAAAGACCCAUUGUUGGGAUCUGUGGACCAGCCCGCUGUGAGGAUGGAAAAUUUUCAGAGCAAGAAGAAUGUGUUAACUGCACAGAUGAAUGCAGAGUGCUUGGUCAUUCUGACAGGUGUUGGAUGCCACAGUUCCCUGCAGCUAGUCAGGCUGAGAAUGCAGAUUAUCGCACAAAUCUCUUUGUACCCACAGUUGAAGCUAAUGUUGAGACUGAGACAUACGAAACUGUGAAUCCCACCGGGAAGAAGACUUUUUGUACCUUUGGGAAAGACAAGAGAGAGCACACUAUUCUCAUUGCCAAUGUUAAACCUUACUUAAAAGCCAAACGUGCCCUGAGUCCUCUGCUUCAGGAGGUUCCCUCAGCAUCGAGCAGCCCAAACAAGACAUGUAUUGAGCCUUGCACCUCAACAAAAGGACCACUGGAUGGUAGUGAAGUGAAAUCAGGAGCCUUGGCUGAACCAAGCAGCCAGUACUUGUCAACUGACAGUCAGUAUCUUUCACCUAGUAAACAGUCAAAAGACACUCCCUUCAUUGCAUCAGAUCAGAUGGCUAGGGCCUUUGCAGAUGUGCAUUCCCGAGUGAGCCGAGACUCGAGUGAGAUGGACUCUGUUCUGGAGCAGUUAGAUCGUUCAGCCCGGGAUCUAGGCAGAGAGUCGGUGGAUGCCGAGGAAGUUGUGAGAGAAAUCGACAAGCUCUUGCAGGACUGUCGGGGAAGCGACCCUGUGGCUGUCAGAAAGUGAGGGGAAAAAUAAGGACAGGCUGGCAGUUGUGUUCCACUUCUGCUGAUUAAAAGUAAAUCAUUAAGUAAAUCCCCUGGUUGUAACAGAUUUACAGGAAUGAAGGAAGACCAAUGCUGCUUUAAGGCUUUUAGUGAACAUCUGAAGUGCCCACAAGUAUGUUCUUUUCACUGCUCUUUCUUUUUGACAGAUGACGCUGGUUUCAUUUUGUCCAAACUUUGAUUAGGACAGAGUCAAGUACACUAAGAACAAAAUGAAAGAAGGAAAGACGGUGCCAUUUUGACAAUCUGAUAGGAAGGUAUGAGAAAGAUGGAAUGGAAAUAAGUCUAAUAUUAUAAGACUGUCCUCAAUAGCUGAUGCUGAUUUUACUGUUUACGUAUAAACCCCAAGAAAAACAGGGUUGAAUAAUUCUGAUCUGUGGUGGAUUUCCAGCAGUCACCGCAGACUUCUACUGAAAGUCCUAAAAUGAGUUCUUGUAGUAGUCCAAGUGACACCAAACAUUAACAUUCAUUUGUGGUAAACAUUUAUGUACAAAGUUACCUGCCACAAAUCUAUACAAAAAAAAGAAAAAAAAAAAAAGAAAAAAAAAGAAAAAAAGAACAAGAAAACAAAAAA